AGGAAGCGAGCUCAAAGAAAUCACUGGUUUAUACUAGCUCGUAAUCAGGAUAUUGGAUAUUGGACAUUAGACAUUCACCCCGCACAAUUUGUCUUCUGUCGCUGUAGCGUGUUUAUCCUCAAUAUAAAUGACAGGUGAAAGUAAUCCCAAACUUUAUGUUCUUCUUGACCAAGCUUCACUUGAGUCAGUCAAGGCAGCAAGCGGGAAAGAGUUUCAACUGCUUAAUCCUGACAGACACAAAGACCGAAUUUUGAAGUCUGGAAUAGAUGUUUCCACAGUUCGUCCGGAUAUUGCUCAUCAGUGUCUUCUUAUGUUGCUUGACAGCCCUCUAAAUCGGACCGGGAAAUUACAGGUAUUCAUUAGAACACGAAAAAAUGUCAUCAUUGAAGUUAAUCCUAAAACCCGCAUACCGCGUACAUUUGAUCGAUUCUGUGGACUUAUCGUACAACUGUUACACAAACUAUCAAUACACGCUGAAGGCGGUAAUCGUGAAAAACUUCUGAAGGUUGUAAAAAAUCCUAUUACACGACACUUUCCAAUCGGUGCACCAAUUAUCGCUACAUCAUUUUCAGCUAAGGAACAGAUUAAACCACUACAACUAGCAGAAAGUACACAAAAAUCUGGUCCUCAAUCUGUUGUCAUUAUUAUUGGAGCAUUAGCUCACGGGUCAAUUGUUGAUACGUGUAAAGAAUUUCUCCAGCGUACAGUCAGUAUUAGUAAUUUUCCUUUAUCAGCUGCUCAAACCUGUUCACGAAUAUGUACUGCUUUCGAAGAGCUGUGGGGUGUUGAAGAUAUCUUGAGUGAAAAAACUGCUACCCAAGUAGAUGUUUGCACAUAAUUGGUAUCGAAUGAAUAAAAGCGCAUUUUACAACACAACUUAUUACAGUAAAUUUAAACGUCCUCUAACAAUUCUUUUUUUUGUUGUACAUAAAACUGCAAAGGAUUUUUUUAAACAUAAAUUUAAAAUCUAAUUAUGUUUUCCUUCAUUCAACUGACCAGUCUUCUUAUAGAGAAUUAAAGCAAUUAGUCUCUUUGUAAUAAAUUUAGAUAGUGUUGUUAUUAGAAGACGAAGGGAGAUUAUCUGAAAAAUAUGAUGUGGUGUGGUGUAUUUGCUCAAUACAUCAAUCAGUUAGACAAUUUGUUGAUGUUUUAAAGCCCAAUACGCAUACAAUGAAUUAGAUAAGUUUACUUUGAAGGAUACAUUUGAACUUUG